CUGUCCGCCAGCAGAUUUCCGGUCGCCGCUGGAGCCCAGUCAGGGCGGUCACCUCUCCAACCGGCCGCGAUCGACGCGACCCAAGCCAGGUCUGAGGCCCCCUCCGCGGCGCACCUCUGCCCCCACCCUCCGCGCAGCCAGCAAAAACCCACACAGGAGCGCUGUGCGCGGCGGAUAUCCGCCAUGGGCGUACCGACAGCCUCCAUUCCGGCGCGGGCGCCCCUGGCGCUGAUGGCGAGCGGCCCUGCGGCUGGCGGGCGCACCGCUGGCGCCGUGAUGAGGCCGAUCGGGAGGAUCCGGCGGCUGGCGAGGGGGGCGGUUUCCGAGGACGUCAGUGCCAAUGGGAGCGUGUCUGACUCGGAGCUGCAGAGCCUGAAUUUUGAUGAGCUCACAAACAUUAUCAGGAUGGUUAACGACUCGGAUAUUGUGGAGCUGGAGCUGAAGCGCAAGGGCUUCAAUCUUUCAGUGAAAAAGAAGGAAGCGUUGGAGGAAGCUGCUGCACCUGGGAUGCCGCCGUAUGCCCCAGUCGCCUUGGCACCUCCCCCUGCGGUGGCUGCCCCUCCUCCAGUCGCUGCUCCGGCCCCUGCUCCGGCGCCCACUGCAACACCCCUGCAGCCCGCUGCCGCCCCGGCCUCCCAGGGCGGUCGGGAGGUCACCUCCCCCAUGGCAGGCACCUUCUACCGUUCGCCGGCGCCUGGCGAGGCGGCCUUUGUGAAGGAGGGGGACAAGGUGAAUUCUGGCCAGACCAUCUGCAUCGUCGAGGCCAUGAAACUGAUGAAUGAGAUCGAGGCGGACUGCGAUGGGGAGGUGGUCAAGUUUUUGGUGGAGAAUGGCAGUGCUGUCUCCCCUGGGACGCCCCUGCUGCUGCUGAAGUGA